ACCUGCGCUCUGGGACUUAACGGUCGUGCGCUGCUGUUGGGGGUCUAUGGAGCUGUCUGUGGGGCCGCUGCAUGUAGCGUCUCGGAAAGGAAACUGCGUUUCGGGGGCUUGGGGCUCGUGGCGCUGCCAGGGACCCUCCACGGGAAGCGAGGGAGCGGCCCGAGUGAUCCGGUUUGCGCCGGCCGCGGGCUGCGAGCUCUCGGGGGGCGCGGGGCACCCCGAGUAAGAGCCUUGCCUCCGGGAUGCUCUCCGCCAGCGGAACUGCCCUGUGAAUGUUUGGAGUUGCAGCCAAAAAACUGGUUUCUCAUGAGAAUUGUAUCAGCUGAACCUUUUAAUUCAUUUAUCUGGCUGGACUGUUAAUAGGUCCUACCUCCCCCCACACUGAGACAGAUCUGUGGUGUGAGUUUGAAGCCUGAGAACAGGUGUCUGCCAUGGGAGGAGAGCUUCUGACCUGAGACCCACACCAAAUCUCGAAGAGUCCUGGCCAGGGGUGGGCUCUGCACCUGCAGGCCAUCCUGACCAGUCCUUCCCAGAGCCAGCAAGAACCAAAUGACACCUCAGCCUUGAAAUACCAGUUACAGCUGUACAGCAUGGAGCAGUUGUCACAGACGAUGCCUAGAAGAGCUUGGUGUUCCCAGGAGUCUGCACUUUGCCAGGAAGAAGAGGACAUGAGCAGAUCUUUUAAAACAGUGACAUUCGAGGAUGUGGCUGUGGACCUCACCCAGGAGGAAUGGCAGCAAAUGAAACCUGACCAGAGGAGUUUGUACCGAGAUGUGAUGCUAGAGACCUACAGCAACCUAGUAACCGUAGGUGGUCCAUUCCCCAAACCAGAUGUGAUCUUGAAGUUAGAGCAAGAAGAGGAGCCCUGGGUGGUGGAGGAAGAGAUGUUCUGGAGACGCUCUGCAGAAGCCAGAAGAGGAGGAAAGAAGAUGUUUACAUCUAAAGACAUGGCCAAGGACUUGCAUUUCAAAGACGUGGUCAUCUACUUCUGUCGAGAGGAAUGGAAGUACUUGCACCCUUCCCACAGGAAUUUGUACCAGGAUGUAAUGUUGGAGACGUACAGCAACCUGACCUCACUAGGUAUUGCUGACACUAAGCCGAGUGUGAUCUCCCUUUUAGAGCAGGGGAAAGAGCCCUGGAUGGUGAUGAGGAAUGAGACGAAAGAAUGGCAUCCCGAUUGGGCGUCUAGAAGAAAAGGCAAGAACUUACUUCCAAAGGAUGGCUACAGAAUUAUAUCAUUGCAACAAAAGGUGGCAAAAAAACGUACACAGCCCAGCCUUGAGAACAACAGGGCCAGAGGUAACAGAGAGAUCACAGGCCAGCUGGAGAUGCAACAGGACCAUCAGGAGGGACAUUUAAAACAAGCUGUGGUGACCUCUGUCAGGAGGCCUAGUUCCUUCCAGUGCACAGCCCAUAAAGAAGCUCACUCUGGAGAAAAACCCUAUGAAUGUAAGAAAUGUAAGGAAACGCUCAUGUGCCGGCCGUGUCUCACUGCACACGAGCAAAUGCACAAUAAGGAAAAAGGCACAAAGUGUGCGCAGUGCGGGAAAGUCUUUAGCUGUAGGUCAGACUUGACUAUGCACCAAAGACUUCAUGAAAGCAAAAAAAGCAAUGAAAAUAAGAAAAGUGCCCUUAAUUGUGGUUCUGACAUUUCGAAACCUCAGAGUACUCACAGUAGUGAGAAACCUCAUAAGUGUAAGGAAUGCGGGAAAGGUUUCCAUUCUACCUCACAGCUCAGUCACCAUCAGAAGUUGCAUAUAGGUGAGAAGCCCUACAAGUGUAAGGAGUGUGGGAAGGCGUUUCCAUCUGUCGCACAGCUCAGUCUUCACCAGAGAGUUCACACUGACGAGAAGUGCUUUGAGUGCAAGGAAUGUGGGAAAGCCUUCACCCGCCCCUCACAUCUCCUUCGGCACCAGCGAAUCCACACUGGUGAGAAGCCGCAUAUGUGUAAGGAAUGUGGGAAGGCCUUCCGUUACGACACUCAGCUUAGUCUCCAUCUGCUGACUCACGCCGGGGCGAGACGCUAUGAGUGUAAGGACUGUGACAAGGUGUAUAGUUGUGCCUCACAGCUCACUCUACAUCAGAUGGUUCACACCGGGGAGAAGCCCCACAAGUGUAAAGAGUGUGGAAAAGGCUUUAUCUCUGAUUCACAUCUUCUUCGACAUCAAAGUGUUCAUACUGGUGAGAAGCCCUAUAAGUGUAAGGAAUGCGGCAAGGGCUUUCGUCGUGGCACAGAGCUUGCCCGACAUCAGAGAGCCCAUGCUGGUGAUAAACCCUAUAAAUGUAAGGAAUGUGGAAAGUCCUUUACUUGUACCACAGAGCUCCUUAGACAUCAAAAAGUUCACACUGGUGAGAGACCCCACAAAUGUAAGGAGUGUGGGAAGGCUUUCAUUCGAAGAUCAGAACUAACACAUCAUGAAAGAAGCCACAGUGGUGAAAAACCCUAUGAGUGUAAGGAGUGCGGGAAGACCUUUGGCCGCGGCUCAGAACUUAGUCGACACCUGAAAAUCCACACUGGGGAGAAGCCCUAUAAGUGUAAGCAGUGUGGGAAAGCCUUCAUUCGUGGCUCUCACCUUACCCAACAUCAGAGAAUUCAUACAGGGCAGAGAAGUGAAUGAGGAAAUGCUGCCAUGGAAAAGUCCUGCAGUUAGAGCCCUUACAAUGGCUAACAGAUGUGGGACAGCAACAUCGCAGGCUUCCUCAUCCCUUCCUCAUCCGCACCAGAAUUCAGACGCAGACCCAGUUAGGGCCAGAAAUGACUGGACAUUUGUCACCAGUAGGAAAUCUUACAAGUACAGAAAUUGGAAGUGACUUAAUUGUUGCAGAAUUUAUCGUGAGCUUUAGCUAAUGGAAAACUGGAAAUUCCCAUGAAUAUAAAGAAAGUAGGAAUGCCCUGUCAGUUGCCCAGAGCCAAAUAGGCCUCGGAAUUCACACCAGAGAAACACUGAGGAGGCAGUAAAUACAUCAGUGGAGUUAGUCAUUCGCCCUGGCUACAGAUGUGAUCUUUCGUACUUAAGGUCACACUUACGUUCAAAGUGCAGCACAUUCUUCCUUCAUCCCACUCACAUUUUAUGAAAUAUUUGCAGGUUUAUUCUAUAAAAUGAGCUUGAACUGAGGAAGUGUGGAAAGGACUUGACCAUGUUUACCUUUUACUCAAGAGUUAGAGCAGGGUAAAUUACUUGCUGACCUUAAAAUUCUUUUAUAAAUUAGCAAUGUUAGCAUCGUAUAUCUAGUUAUACUGUGAGGAUGUGUAUAGCUUGCAGACUAGCAUCUAACUAGUUUUUAAAGUGUACCAAAUGCAUCAGGGCAUUGUGGUGCACACCUGUAAUCUAAGCACCUGGAAGCCAAAGGCAGGAGGAUCACAAGUUUGAGGCUAGCUUGAAGGAUAUUCCAAGAAAAAAGUAUACCAAAGACAGCUGCUUUCUUGUUAUUUUCAAACUUGUGAACUUUUCUAUAACAGUCUUACAAAAGGAAAGCCUUACGUGCCCAGUGGUUGGAGGGACAUUUUGCAUUGUCUCCUAGACUGUUACAGAACACAGGCUCCUUUUGAAGAAAGACUGAAACCUUUCAUUCCCCGUGUGCCCGUCUGCUGCCAGGAGGCUCACACUUUGAACGCAGACCCGUUAUUCUGAUGACACAAGAGCUGUGUGGGCUGAAGACGAAAGGUUUCUGAGCUCAGGCCGGUUGGACGAGCAAAGUGUGGGCUUUAGUAAGAAGACAGGGAAAUGCUCUUCCCACCCGCAAGGAGCGCAUCUGUGUGCCAGGCGGCGCCUGAUUUGGGUUGCAGUCCAAAGGGCCAGAAGCUGAGACAAUGUGAGGUUAUUGACGUUGUGGCUUCAGGAAACCAUGAACUGCAAAAUAAGAAAUGCAUACGUUGAAAAUUCAGCUCUUUACAGUGUACCUCUUAGAAAUUACUACUUAAAAUAUUUUUAUAUAUAUUCAGUUUCAGUAAGGUAGGGUGUUUAUAUAAAAUUUCAGCUUUUAUAGUAUAUCUGACAUAGAGAAGCAGUAUUUUAAAAGUACUUUUAGCCAUAUUAUCAAAAUAUCUAUUCAGCUUUGACUUAGUAAGAUAUAGGCUAUUUACUUAAAGCAUUUGAUGGUGUCUUUUUAUAUCCUGGAAAAGUAUUGUUUUCCUGAAUGAAGUGAGAGCCAAGGAGAACCUGCUUAAGGAACUACACUAAUUCCUCUACACCUGAGUCAUCUGGCAGCUAAAAAUCUUCUACCUCUUCAGGACACAAGGCACUCACAGCUAUGCAGGAGCAAACAUUUUUACCAAAUUUGGAAAAGCACAUCUACAAUCCAGUCGGCUAUCUACAAAUCUGUUUUACUUAGAGUAGAGGGUAUUCUGAGUAGACAGCAAGUCCUGUUGGAAGCCCAGGGAAAAGGAACGAGGUGCUUUGUUCAGAUGUUUGUAGGUGCCCUGAUGAGCAAAGAGAAACUCACAGCAGGGGCUGUGAAGGGAAGUUACCUCCCUGCCUGCUGGCUUCCACUUGGGAACAGCGCCCUCUAGUGAGUCCAUCCGGCUACUGCAGACAGUGCAGGCAGAGUCCAGGUAGGGAGUGCCUACUAUCCACUUUGGUUUUUUGAUACAGGUCCUCAUGAGCUGGGGCUGACUAGUGAACCCCAGGGACCCACUUGGCUCUGUAGCCUUAGCAUUGUUGUUAAAAGCAAGUGCCACAUCACCUGACUUUUUUAUGUGGAUUUUUGGGAGAUGAACUCAGGUCCUCAUGCUUGUACAGCAAGCACUUUACUGACUGAGCAUCUCUAGCCCAUCAAGUAUUUUUUAAAUGGGAAUUUUAAUUUGCACUGGUAUAUUAAUGAAUCUAAAAUUUUAACUAUUCUAAAAAUAGAACUUGCACACAUUUUAUAAGAAUUAAAUUAAUAAAAGCAGGAUUUUAAAUGUGAUAUUAGUACUAAUUUCAGUGUUAGAAGGAUAGCUCUUUACUUUUCUGCUCAUGUGUACAUACUUUUUUCAAGACUUGAAUGUCCUCUCCCAAAUAUAUGUGUCAUGAUGCACCUGAAAGCAAGAAUAUACUGCAGUGCCUUCUUUAGGGAAGCAACGUUGAGUACACUGUUGUCAGUGGAUGCUGUGCUCCACGCUCACUCCGCCUGGGGCACACCCACACUUUUCUCAUUUUGGUAACAGGUUCUGGGUGGGAAGGGUGUAGAAUGGAAUUGUGCAUGCACACAGAGGAGUGCAGCCACCUUUCCUCACGUGGUAAUCUACUGUAAACCUCUUUCUAGUCAACACAGAUCUAACUAGCUUCACGUACUCAUACAGCUCGUUCUUCACCAGCGAGGUUGAGGUUAUUUUACCAUCAACGAUGAGUUCAGGACCCAGAUAUUGCCUCAUGUUGGAGUUUCUGCUUCUGUAAAGCAGGUGAACUCCUGCUAUUUGAAUUCUUGCCUUAACAUAGUAGAUUUAAAAUGUACUCGGUGCCUUAUUAUUUUUGUGGGACGCUCGCCAUUAUCUCAACAGAAAUGGGUGUGUUUCCCAGCAGUGUAAACCAGGACUGAAAAUGUGCCUUCCAUUUGCACUUCUUAACUGCCAACAAGGCUGAGUGUCUCCUGUGCCUGUGGGACAUUUGAGCUUUGUUUCUGUGACUUGCACAUUGCUGUCAGUCUCCCUUUGUAAAUCUGGAGUUGGGCCAGGCAGUGGUGCACACACCUUUAAUCCCAGCACUCGGGAGGCAGAGACUGGCGGAUCUCUGUGAGUUCGAGGCCAGCCUGGUCUACAAGAGCUAGCUCCAGGACAGGCUCCACUCCAAAGCUACAGAGAAACCCUGUCUCCAAAAAACAAACAAACAAACAAACAAAAAAAAAAAAACUGGAGUUGGGUUUGUUUUUUGUUUUGGACUUGUUUUUUGUAGAAACAUGGCUAGUUCAUAUUACCACAUUAGCAGUUUAUUGUCUUAGUCAAGUGUAUGUCAUUUGCCCUUGUUUAUAUUAAAAUAAUAGUUACCAAAUGUUGUUUUAUAAAGGGCCAGACAGUAUUUCAGGCUUUGGGAGCCUGUUUCCAUGCACCCUUUGCAGCAGGGAAACGCAUCCCGUUUGAGCCAGCGGUUCUCAGCCACUUCUGCCGUAGCCCCAGUAGACAUCUACCUGCCAAUGUCCACAGGCGUUUUGUUUGUCACUUUAAAGAUGAUUGCUGCUUGUGUCUUGUGGGCAGAGGCCAGAGAUCUUCUCGGUGUCUUGUGAUGCACAGCACAGCCCCAAGCAAAAUAAUGUCGCUCUCCAAAGAUGUCAGUUACCUUUCUGGCCAAACUGGAUAUACUGUGUCAAUCAAACCUUCACAGAACGGCAGCUGGUGUAGUUUUCUCGCCCUUAUUUUAAAUAGCUUUUGUCUGUAUGCUGUUUUACUGGCUUUGUUUCUUAAUUAUCUUUUAUGCCAAGUAGUUUUCUGUAUUUUAUUGCCUUAAGUCUUCUUUCCUAAAAAUUGAGAGGCUCAGUAGCGUGUGUAAUGAUGGCCCAGUAUUUUUUAAGCAUGAAUUUUUGUUUGCUUGGUUUU